AUGAAGCUUCUUCUGGACAUUGCCAUCAAAAUAAUUAAAAAUAGAGCGUCUUAUAGUACUGUUGCUCUUAACCGAACCGGAACUAAAAUGUGUAAACGGCUAAAGACCAAAGUGCUGCAUUUAGCACCGGCGAGCGGUGACGGGCCGUUUCUUCCCCAGGAGGCUUGUACAGACAUCACCGACAUCCUGAGCUGCACAGUGAAGGCGCUGCAGGACGGCCAUGUUGUCGCCGUGCCCACCGACACCAUUUACGGCCUAGCGUGUCUUGCCCAGAAUUCUGGCGCUGUCCGCGAGAUCUACGACAUCAAAGAGCGCAACGAGCAGAAGCCUCUGGCCAUUUGCGUCGGAGAAAUACGUGACAUAUACAAGUACUGCAAGGUGAAGGUGAAAGAGGAGCUACUGAAUGACCUCCUGCCAGGUCCGGUCACACUGGUGUUUGAAAGGUCGCAAUUACUCAACAAAGAGCUCAACCCUUUCACGUCGCUCGUAGGCGUCCGUAUUCCGGACUGCGCCUUCAUUCGUCGUCUAUGUCAGACUUGCGCCGAACCUCUGGCGCUGACGAGCGCCAAUGUCAGCGCGCAGAACAGCACUUUGGCCGUUCACGAGUUUCAGGAUCUUUGGCCGAAACUAGCCGUGGUGGUGGACGGAGGUCCAAUAGAAGACAAAAGUCGUCUAGGAUCCACCGUAGUGGACUUAUCGGUACAUGGCAAGUACCGCAUUAUCAGAGCCGGCUGUGCCUUUUCAUCGACUGUGGACGUGUUGGAAGGCAAAUACGGACUGUCUUCGGAAGAUUUAGGAUGA